AUGAGCAACCUCUUAACGUCACGGCAAGCCGAAGAGCUACACAAGUCUCUCAUCGCAUACCUCCUAUCUACCGGCCAUACCAACAGUGCGCAAGUCCUGCGCCAAGACCUGAACCUCGCCGAAAAUGACUUCGACGCUACGACUGCGAAGAAAUAUGAAGGACUCCUCGAGAAGAAAUGGACGAGCGUGGUGCGGCUGCAGAAGAAGAUCAUGGAUCUAGAGACGAGGUCACAGCAGCUACAGAGUGAACUGGACAAUGCGACACCAUCAUCACUGGCAGCCAGAAAAAACCACGACCCUACCACCUGGCUGCCUCGUGCACCGGCACGGCACACCCUCCAGUCGCAUCGUUCGCCCAUCACCAGCGUCGCAUUUCACCCACUCUUCUCGAGCUUGGCAUCAGGCAGCGAAGACUGUACCAUCAAGAUUUGGGAUUAUGAGCUGGGAGAGUUGGAGCGCACCCUCAAAUCGCAUACAAAAUCGGUUCUGGACGUCGACUUUGGCGGGCCAAGAGGUAACACUCUGUUGGCCAGCUGCAGUUCCGACCUGACCAUCAAGCUGUGGGAUCCGGCAGAAGAGUACAAGAAUAUACGGACACUUCCUGGGCAUGACCACAGCGUCAGUUCAGUGCGAUUCAUUCCAUCUGGCGCGGCAGGCGCGCCACUAUCUGGCAAUCUUCUCGCAUCAGCUAGCAGAGAUAAGACGAUUCGAAUAUGGGAUGUGACGACAGGAUAUUGUCUGAGAACGUUGCGUGGGCACGGCGAUUGGGUGAGAUCCCUCGCGCCAACCAUCGACGGUAGAUGGCUUCUCUCCACUUCAUCAGACCAGACAUCGCGCAUGUGGGAUCUAUCACAGCCUGACAACAAUGCGCAAAAGCAGACAUUCCUCGUACACGAGCACGUGGUAGAAUGCUGUGCCUUCGCUCCAGCAUCUGCCUACUCUCACCUUGCUACUCUCGCAGGCCUGAAGAAGCCACCACCAGCCAGCAGCAGCAACGAAUUCCUCGCGACGGGCGGCAGAGACAAGCUCAUCAAGAUCUCCAGCGCCAAUGGUGUCUGCAUCAAGACGCUCACCGGCCACGACAACUGGAUCCGCAGUCUCGUCUUCCACCCCGGCGGAAAGUAUCUGCUAUCCUGCAGCGACGACAAGACAAUUCGCUGCUGGGAUUUGGCUCAGGAAGGCAAGUGCGUGCGAGUAGUCGAAGCAGCAGAUCACUUCGCCAGCUGUUUGCGAUGGGCGCCGAGCUUGUUCAAAGAACCCGCCGAAGCGAACGGCACAGCAACGAACGGGACCAGCAGCGAGGCGAAGGAGCAGAUACGAUGCUUGAUCGCAUGUGGUAGCGUGGACCUGAACGUCCGGGUCUUUAGCGCUUGA